GGGCGGAAGUGGCGUCACGGGGAGCGGAGGGGAGCGCCCGGCCUGCAUGGAGGACCCCGCGCCGGAGUCGCAGCAGCUGCGCAGCCUGCGGGACUUCCUGCUGGUCUACAACCGGAUGACGGAGCUCUGCUUCCAGCGCUGCGUGGCCGACCUCAACUACCGCGCCCUCACCCGCCAGGAGGAGGCCUGCCUGGACGGCUGCGCCGGGAAGCUGGUGCGCUCCAACCACCGCCUGAUGGCCGCCUACGUGCAGCUGAUGCCCUCCCUGGUGCAGCGCAGGAUCACCGACUACGAGGCCGCCGGACACGACCCCGCGCCUCCCGCCGCCCUCCCGGGGCCCGACGCCUCCUGACCCGCCUGCACCUCGCCCACCUUGGGAGGGGCACCCGGAGGCCCCGAAGAGCCUUCCUCCGGGGAGCCCCGCGGGCGCAGCUCUCCUUCCGCCCGGGCUCCCUCCUGUGGAGGAGGAGAAGCGGUGGCAGGAGGGCAACCGAAGGGGACCCUGGGGAGCAGAAACGUUGACUGAGAAGCAUUCUGGUCCAGGCAGAGGCCGUUGGAACCCGGCCUUCAAAGCUCUUGGCUGCCCCCAGCCCUGCUCCCCAGGGGCAGCUUCUCCCUUUCCCAAGCCGAGGUGGAGGCCAGAUCAUCAACCGCUCCUACCUGGAGGAUCCUGGCCAAGGACCAUGGGUGCUGGAAGGAGGACUCUUGACCAGCUAGAAUUGGGGCAGGUGGGGUGGGUUGUCCUAAAGGCUGCCUCCGGUGACCUUGCUUCUUCGAAAUGGCUGCCCCAGAGAUCUGUGUUGCUACUCCAUUGCGCAGGAGAGCACUAAGCUUAAUUGGAUAUGCUUAGGUGAGCGUUAAGCAGGCCUGGCCUGAGCCACAGCACUGCACUGGGUUUCCCCAAGGCACGUUUGCUUCAAAUGUGACAGGGAGGGCCUGUGGGCUGGUGGUCUUUCAGGGCGCCCGUGAGGUCAUUGCUUUGAGGCUGGCGGCAGCAGCAGCAGGACCCAGACCCUUCUCCCUCGCUUGGCAUGGGGGAUGCGAUGGAAGGCCCCAUCACACAGCAUUUCUGUUAGAAGAGCUGCAGGGUGGGGAUCCAGAGAGGAGAUCUGUUCCAGUAGAGGCUUUUGCAGCAGGGAGCCUGAACAUAUCUAGGAAAGGUGACCCCUUAAUGUAACCAUGUUCAACAUCUGGGAACCCUCUGGAUGAUGUGUUGAGCUGGUAAACUUCCUUGCUUCUGGUAACCAUACAGUUGUGGGGGCAACAGUGGUAAAGUGGCUUCCCACUGCUUUUUUCUAGUCUGGUCUAAUUGCGAGGCCUGGGUUAAGAAGACACCAUUGAUUGGAUUUUCUUAUUACAUGUUAAAUUCAGUAAUUACCUCAUUUUCAGGAUACACAUUGUACUUGGAGUUCCACAGCAAUUACGCAGUCUUGCUUUUUGGAUUGUAUUAAAGAGAAACCGAUACAGUU